UGGAAUCAGUCCGGGAUUGCCGGAGCCUGGAGUCUGGUUCAUUUCUUUCCCUGCCGACGUUUCGGCUGCUGUUUUGCCCAAGCCUCGAAGCCUUGGUUCUUAGUGAACAGGUAACAGAAGAAGCAAUUGAGGACUUGGGAGGAGAUUGAGAGGAUAAAAGUGAGUUAAAAGCGGCACGUGGAGGAGGUGGGGGGGGAAGUCAGGGUGGAGAUUCAUUAAAGCUCUCUGGAUUGAGCGUUGUUGAGAAACAAUUUUACCUCUAAUCCCUUAAAAAUCUUUAAAAGUCUCACCUAGUCUCUUCUUCCGGGGACUGUUUGCAGUGAGUUAGAAAGGAAUUUAUGCUCUUACUGAUGGUAGAUUUUCAAAUCCGGUGAUUAUGUGAUUGAUUCAGGCACGAAUCGUUGCCGCAGACUUUUUUCAUUGUAGGCACUUUAUCCUAUACGUUUAGCAGGGUUGUUGAUAAGGUUUUUCUUCCCCAAAAUUAAAUUCUGUAUUCUUCCUGUAUCCUCUUUUUUUUCUUUUCUUUUUUUUUUUUUUUUGGUUAAUUCACUCUUGGAAGAGAGCAAAGUUGGUAGAAAGGCUUGACUAAGGAAAGUGAAGGCAGCCACACUUUAUGAGGAGAGAAAAAGUGGGUAAUAACUGGGUGUAGCCCUGCCAGCCGCAUAAAUCACCCUCACUCUUAACAUCAGGUCUCUUUCUCCACCCUGCUUGUUCCAGCUAUUGAAACAUCCAUUUAGAGUUCAAAAAUUCCCUUGAGAAUUUGAUUAACCUCCCUACUCAAUCAGGGAAAAUUAGAGACCCGUGAAGAUAGUAUUCUGAAAGAUAAUUAUGAAAACUCUUAUUGUGGCAUGUACUAAUAAGUCUACAUACAAGGAUAGGUGUACUCUCCUUCACUACACUAAAAAAGUUUUUGGUGGGGAUGCAUCCUUUUUGAAUAUUUUCCUAACCUAGUUAGAAUUUUUCCAGUCACUAUGUUCAGGACUAUCCUUAUAUACAAGUCCCGGAGCUAGAUGAUGUAUGAAAAAACUUGUGAUGUGGGCUCUCAAGAAUAUGAGGAAAGACAGUGGGGGAUAUAAAAUGUGUAUUGUUAGUACAGUUAAUGAUACAAACAAACAAUCAAAGUGAAACUCCUACCCUUUGGAAAAGACCCAUUUUCCAAAAGGGGCAUGUCUGUAUUCCCGAUUAGAGGAGCAUAGCCUUACAUACCACCUCAAGUUUUAAAAAUCCAUUUAAAAAUCCAGCAGGAUCUUUUCAAGAGCAAGAUAGGAUGCAAUGACUGUUGUGGAUGUUGGGGGACUUAAACUGGAUCUUAAGGUAGAAAGGGUUAAGCCAAUCAGGGAGAAAGAGGAAGUAGGUUGCAGAGGAGAAAGAAUGGUAGUCAAGACAUGAUUCCAGAAGUAUGAGUCUGGAGGAGAGGUGCAACCAUCCUAAAAGGGUUCCAAAUACUUAGAUAGGGAGUUUGGAUUUAAUUCUCUAGCCAAGAGGAAAGAUGAGAAGAGUAGGAUGAGAAGAGUAGCAUGAUCAGAACUAGGCUUUAUAAAUAUGAAUAAGAACUAUGAAUAAUGUGCUAUAAUAAAUAAACAGGAAACCAUGAAAUUUGCAGUUAAACAAUAAUGAGGUAGAAAAUGGCUUAGUUGGAUUAUAGUAGAAUAAAUGGAAAUGCAGGAACAUUUUGAAGGAAGAAUUAGAUUGUUGAUUUGAUAGGAGGGGUGAAACAGAAUGAGAAAUCAGUACUGACUGACUGCAAAUCUUCAAAUAUUGGUAACUGGGAAAAUAACAUACCAUAAAUAGAAGCAGGGAUCUUAUACAUAAAAUGCAAGCUAGUUAGUGUAGAGGGAAGACUAUCUUAGUAUGUUAAGUUUAAGAUGCUGUCCAAAUAAUCUUUUUCCCCCUCACCUGAUAAUAGAUUUUUUAAAUUGAUUUUAGAGAGAGGAACAUCGAUAGGUUGCCUUCUAUAGGCACCCCAGCCUGAUUGAACCUGCAACCAAGUGUCUUUUCAGAAUUUGCCCACUUUUCUGGUACAACUAGUUGCAAUGGCUGGGAAUAAAGGAAGAGGACGGGCUGCUUAUACCUUCAAUAUUGAGGCAGUUGGAUUUAACAGAGGUGAAAAGUUACCUGAUGUAGUAUUGAAACCACCUCCACUGUUCCCUGAUACAGAUUAUAAACCAGUGCCACUGAAAACAGGAGAGGGUGAAGAUUAUAUGCUGGCCUUGAAACAGGAGUUGAGAGAAACUGUGAAAAGAAUGCCUUAUUUUAUAGAAACACCUGAAGAAAAAGAAGAUAUUGAAAGGUAUAGUAAAAGAUAUAUGAAGGUGUACAAGGAAGAGUGGAUACCAGAUUGGAGGAGACUCCCACGAGAGAUGAUGCCAAAGAAAAAGUACAAAAAAGCAGGUUCAAAAUCCAAAAAGGUGGAUAAUACUAGCAAAGACACUUCACUCACUAACACUGCAGAUGUAUUGAAAAAAAUUGAGGAAUUGGAAAAGAGAGGCGAUGGUGAAAAAUCAGAUGAGGAAAAUGAAGAGAAAGAAGGAAGCAAAGAGAAAAAUAAAGAAGGUGAUGAAGAUGAAGAAGAUGAUGCUGUGGAACAAGAGGAAUAUGAUGAAGAAGAGCAUGAAGAGGAAAAUGACUACAUUAAUUCCUACUUCGACAAUGGAGAAGAUUUUGGUGCAGACAGUGAUGACAACAUGGAUGAAGCAACCUAUUAGCUAUGAAAUUUCUCAAAAAAUAUUUUUAUGAUACAGCUUCUGAACAUUUGGACAGACUCAUUUCCUAUUUUAUUUCUGAUGAGGAAUGAGUAAGUAUUUUAUUUCUGUUCCUGUUUUGUUGGACAGUAUUUGUUACCAAAACAUUCAGAAGCAUUUUGAGUUUACAUACUAGUUACUUUACCAAUAAGUCUCUGACACUCUGACAUUCCUUCUUAACACUUCUUUAUCCCACUUAAGUAUUCAAAUGAAAAUUUUAUUUUUGGUAUUAUUUGGAUUAGAAUGUGCAUCUUUUAAUCUGUUUUUAUACUUGAACAAAUUAUUCUUAACUGCUGACCUCAUCAUAAUAGAUUUCUAUAACCUGAAAGCUGAUUUAAUACUGCACAUGGAGCACUUUAAAAACAAAGAAACUUGAAAAUAAUUUUUCUUUUUAUCUUUCCAUGGUAUGUUCUAUGCUACUAUAUUAUGACUACAUAAACCUACCUAAGCUCUUACAAGUGCAUAUGAGGUAAGGAGUUUAAUGAUCAAAAAUAUAUACAAGGAAAAAAGCCAAUCAGAGCUGUAUAAAUUGCACAGCUUAAAUCUCAGCCAGUAUAAAGACUUUGAAUGAAUGUUAAAAAUACUUGAAUUUGGGGUUAUCUUCAUAUCAUGCAAUAUAUGAAUUAAUCAUCUCACUGUAAUAAGUCUGAUAUUUUGAAUAGUUGGGCUUAU